AAAGAAGAAGAGCCAUCUCCUUGUCAAGAACAAGCAAUUUCAGCUAUGAGGCUUUUCUCUGAGACGUUUACAAUCUUUUUCUUCUUAACUUGCUCCAUCUGAGAAAAGUACUAGAGAUGGCAAAAGAUAAAGUUGCAAGCUUAGGUACUGAAGUUUCUCAGUCAAAGGAAAAAAUGGCCAAGAAAAUGCAAGAGUUGAACAAAGAGCUGAUUCCUGACAAGAUAUUUGUUCCUAUUCCUGGAUCAUCCUCUAAUUUUAUAUUAGGUCCAUGUUUUAAGACAAUGUUUCCUCCGGAGCUCUCGUCUCUUUACCCCUUAGCUGUAGGAGAGAAGCUACUUCUACACUCCGUGCAACUUGAUUGGUUCGGAGGUAAGUAUCUGGAUUCAUGGCCUUCUAAUAGUAGAUCAUGGAAUGAUUGGGUAGAUAGAGUUGAGAAGGUCAAAGGGGAAGUUUGGAAAUCAGCUGAUAUCUAUGAUGCCAUUCAGUUGUCAAAAAAUGAUAUCUCGAUGGACAAAAAUCUUCUGUAUGCUGCUUUAUGCUAUUGGUCAAUCUCCACAAACUCGUUCCACUUCAGAUUUGGUAUGAUGGGGCCAACAGUACUAGAUAUUGUUGCUUUGACAGGACUUAGGCCACAUGGGGAGGAAGUCAGUGCCAUUCUUGGGAUGGCUGGAUCGACUUGUCAUUUUCCCAAGUAUGGAACAAUUUAUGAUAAUUCCUUGCGUUACAGCAAGUAUCUUGAUGUGUCAAAGUCAGAAACAGCUGUGACAAAGGAAGAACAUUUAUCUUUUCUGUUUACGUGGCUCAGUAAACAUCUGUUCUGUGACUCUUCUGUAAACAUGAUUAAGCAAUGCACAAAACUGGCAUUCGCUCUUGCUGCAGGUAGAAAGCUUGCUUUGGCACCUUUUCUCUUGUCUAAUUUAUAUCAUGGAUGCACUGAAAUCAUUAUGGGCAAGUUUCUAUAUGGAAGAGGUCCAUUCUGGAUCUUGCAAUUCUGGCUACAGUCUUACUUCCCAGAAUUCCAACCUGCUACUUUGGAUACCUGUAAUAUCCCCACCUAUGCUAGUUUCGAGGAAUACUUUCGCUUUUUUCAUAAAUGUGCAUCUAGAACUAUCAGCCAAUUCACCCCGUUUUCUUCUAGGAAGUUUGGACCUGUCUGGUUUAAGAAAUCACUUGAUCCUGACUUCCAAAAACUUAAUAUGCCAGAGCUACAAGAUAUUUGGGCCAGUUAUCUCAUUGCUCGAGACCUCCCUUACAGUAUCCUUCUGGAUGAAUCUUUGAAGUGCAAAUAUGAGGUAGAACAUUACUCUCCAAAUCAGUUUGCCCGACAGUUUGGUAUGACUCAGGCUGUCCCCUUCCACCAAUCGGCCAAUAAACUUCCGAUUAGAAGAAAAGAUUUCCAAUCUGCAGAUUACACUGAAGAAACUGAAUCAAGGUUUUGCCAAUUGAAAAGGAAGUUUUCAUUUGUUCCAUUCGAUACUAAUCCUAGCUCUACUGAGUUCUUUGAUUCCUGGUGGUCCACNGAAAAAUUGGCCAGAAUAUGA